UACCAACAGAAACGAUAUGCCACGACCCAUUCCUCACAUUUUCAAUUCCAGCAGGCAAUCACCUGACCGCCUUUUUUCCAACACGACGACGACCCGACGAUUGAUCCGGAGCAAGCUAGAGCAGCAAGACAGGAACGAACCCAGCAGCAACACCAAGAGCAUCCAUCAGAGCAGUCACGAAAAGUGGAGUGGAAUUGAUUGAAGGAGUUGAGUUGAAUUAAUCCAACCAUGACGGUGCAGGUAUCCAGCCGCAUUGUGUGGGUGUGUAUUGCAGCAGUGUUAUCUGCCUCGACAAGUUUGGCGACUGCACCGACUCUCAAACGAGUUCGGGGAGUAGUGGGCUACGGCAAACAACAUCCACAUAAUAUUGGACGCCAGCUACCAGCAGUCGGUGGGGAUGCUAUCUAUGCGUCCAAUUUGCCAUCGGGAGACCGAGAAUACCCCAGUGGUGAUCGGUAUCAGCGCAGUGCCAAGUAUGAUACUGUCAAGAGUGCCAAAGACGACAGCGGCUCGUCUCGGGCAGAAGCAGAUGAAUGCGUGGAGGGAGCUCGGUCAAACGCCGAAUCUGAAACUGGCAAGAGUGCCGAGAAAGAUAAGAGCGACAAGAGUGAAAAAGGAGGACGAAAACGCCGCCGACUAAAGGGAGGCAAGAAAUGUGACUCUGCUAGUCGUAACUCUGGUGGUGGCACUGGUGGGCCCAGCAGCGGUGUCCCUGAUCGCGAAUAUCCACCACCAGAAGUCAUGGCGGAGCAAACACCCUUGGCAUCUACUACUACGACCACAACCACCUCUACGACUAACACAUACUCCCGCAGCGAGCCUGCUGGGUUCUUCAGUGCUGCUGGAAAGUCUGCUAGCGGCGCUUCUGGAAAAUCGGCCAAACAGGCAUCUGCCGCCAAAUCCGGUGCCAAGGCUGCUGGUGUUUCCGACAGUGGUAGAUCCACUUCGAACGACAAGUCGGCCAAAAAAGCUGCCAAGCUAGCUGCCAAUGCGGACAGUGGUAGAUCCGCUUCAAACGACAAGUCCGCCAAAAAAGCUGCCAAGCUAGCUGCAAAGGCAGACAAAGAGGGGGCGGCAAGAUGCGGUCGAUCCGGUGUGGCAUCCGGGAAAUCUGCAAAGGCCGCGAAAAAGUCGGGUUCACGCAUGCGAGGACUCAAAAGCGCCAACAGUGCCAUCAAAAGCAACAACAAAAAGGGGGCUUCCAGUGCCCGUGAUGCCGAGUGCGAUGAGUUCACAGACUACGGCGAAAGCUCACUCCCCAUGCGAGAGUAUCCUCCCGAACAGGGAACGGCAACAGUGUCGUCGGGAACCGCCACAACCGUAUACCAGGGCCAGUCGGGUGCUCUUUAUUCCGACUCGGGUGUUAUCAUGGAAGCCUCCGUGGAAGAAGUGCGGGCCGUUUCCUGUAAUGAUAUUGCCAACGACCAGGGUCCCGUCACGGAUAUGGUCACAACCUUCACCAUUCUGUCGGAACUGCAAGUCCAAACUGACAAUGAGGAACAGUUUCUGGAACGAUUGCGCGGUUAUCUCCAACGGGAAGUGGCCUCGGUAGUGGCUGGUUGCAGCGGCGUGUUGGGUACCGAUGAAGUCGCUCCAGGCUACAUCACCAACGUGCUAUUUGGGAGGCCCGCCCGAUCAGGCGAGGAGUGCUCCUCCAUGACACGAAGGAGUCUGAUUAGCGCCUCGGCAAGACAGUACUUGCCAGAAUCUAACGAACGACCUGGGCCAGCAAAUGCAGAGCCACUCAUUUUGGGAGGCAGUGUCCCCGUUGAUGAAACGCCGUCCGUGUCAGCUGCAGCCAGUGCAGAAGCUCCAAACUCACACGUGGUCGGACCCCAGGAGCGGACAGCCGGUCCUCCUGAACCCGAGGAGCGGGCGGCCGGUCCUCCGGAACCAACCUGCAUUCCAGUUUCCGUGGCUGUCAAUGUUUACCAUUACACCGUAUUGGAUGACCACGAGGCCAUAAAGGACGACUUGCAACGAGCCAUUCUAGGGGCCGACAUGCCAGAGUUGCAGGGAGUGACACCGGGACCUGUUCAGGUGGACUCUGAAUCCAACGGUAGCACAACGCAAAUAGCCGCGGCGAGAGCGGCGGUCGUCACUGACGACCCAAACAACAAGGCCAUUGGAUUCUCCAUGGGAGUUCUUGGACUUGUUUUGGUUUCCUUGGUUAUCUUGAAGGUCGCGUUCUCACGAAAGAGGCGAACGCAACGUGUCAAGAAAAUGUAUGCCAAUUUCGACGAUGGUCGUACUGACUUUGAUGACGAAUCGUUUGUGCACCCGACCGAGGAAGAGCUUGUGGGCCCCGAAGUUGGAGACUGGCAGCUGGAUGAAGCUAACAACCGACAUUCAAAGAGGAGUGGUCUCGGCUAUGCCCGUGCCUUUGGCGGUUUUGGCUAUCAAGAUUCGUCAUACAUCCUCGAUGACCUGAACCAGGAAGCAAUGUCUGUAGAGACCGAUCCUUCCUUCUUGUCUCGGCCAGUAAACUAUCGAAAUGUGCCACCAACACCGCGAAAAAUUGGCAAUACUUGUUGCUAGCUGGUGCUAUUCUUCUGCUCCUCCUGCCUCCCUCCGUCUAUCUAUUAUGUCAAUGGUUUCGCCGAGUAUGAUUGAUUGCUUCUGAUCGUUCUGUUGGUCCCUUAUGGAACGAACGAUCAUUUGAAUUGAGAGCUGAUAUUCCGCACGACAAGAGUUGUCGUUGUGAGAAUUGGAAAGUCCUCCAACAUACUGUUUGGUACUGCCAUCGUGGGAAAGUAUGUGAUAACUGCAACCAAAAACAUCAAUUUCAUUGUGAAAGGAAUAAUAUUGUGUCGUUUACC